AGCGUUCCUCGUACAUUUCACUUGUCGACUAACAGCGGUUGCGAACGAACGCGCCCGCCCGUCACGCGAGUUCCCGCGCUCCGAAACUUUUUUAAAAAAUAUUUUCAAAUUGUAAAAAUGUUCCAAAGCGACGUGACUUAAAAUCAAUAGAAACUUUUUGGAUAUAUUUGUUUUUAUAAUUCUGGAUUUUAUUAGAGUUUUUGCAUAUUUUUUUCUGACGUGUGAAGUUUUAAAACUAUUAUUUGUUUGUUUAUUAGUGAGUUUGUACUGACAAUGUUCCUUUGACGCUGUGUAUCAACUGUUUUGAAGUCAAGGCGGCAAACUGAGGAGCAUAUUUUGUCAUCAAAAAUCCCGCCACAUGAAGCCACAUCCUGCAAACUGUUGAUGCAACCCUGUUAUGAAAAGGAUUAUGGCACCAGACAUCAUGCUUGAGGACUUUGAACAGCGGCCGACGCCGCGCACGUCAUACUUCACCGCAGCGUUCCCACCUGAUGAUGACCAUGGCCCCAUCAAGAACGCUACUAACACCACUGGCGAGCUUAAUAUUUAUUAUUUUUAUGAUUCGAUCCAGUUCACGGUAAUGUGGGUGCUGUUCGUCGCGAUAGUGGUGCUCAACGCGUCGGUAAUCGCCGCCCUGCUCUGCACCAACGCCAGGAAAAGCCGCAUGAACUUCUUUAUCAUGCAGCUUGCUAUCGCUGAUCUCUUCGUCGGCCUAAUCUACGUGUUCCCGGAUAUAAUUCAGAAGAUUACCAUAGCGUGGCUAGCUGGGGAGUUCAUGUGCAAAACCGUGAAAUUCUUACAGGCUGUGGUGAUGUACGCCUCGACGUAUGUGCUGGUAGCGUUAAGUAUAGACCGGUGCGACGCCAUCACUAAUCCUAUGAACUUCUCGGGCAGUUGGAAUCGAGCCCGAGCCCUCAUAGUGUCAGCCUGGUUGAUCAGCAUAGUCUUCUCAAUUCCACUCCUUAUAUUAUACGAAGUUAAAGAAGUUCAAGGUCAAAUGCAAUGCUGGAUAGAUCUGGGAACUCCCAGAAGGUGGCAGAUCUGGAUGUCCCUGAUCUCCAUCAUGAUUUUCGUCCUACCCGCGUUGACGAUAGCAGCCUGCUACGCUGUGAUAGUCCUCACUAUAUGGACGAAGAGUAAAGCUGUCGUCAUGAGCCCGCCUAUUAAUUCUAGGAGAACUAAGACUUUGAGGAAUGGUCAGAUCGAAAGCGACCCGGAUUCAAGGCGCGCUAGUUCUAGAGGACUAAUUCCUAGAGCAAAGAUCAAAAGUGUCAAAAUGACAUUUGUUAUUGUUUUCGUGUUCGUGCUAUGUUGGUCUCCAUACAUCGUGUUCGAUCUCCUACAAGUGUAUCAGCACAUACCACCGACGCAGACCAACUUGGCAAUAGCUACCCUCAUCCAGAGCCUCGCACCUUUAAACUCAGCAGCAAAUCCUUUGAUAUGCUGCAUGUUCUCUCCUCAUAUUUACACUAGCCUCAGACGGGUUCCGCCUUACAAAUGGUUGUGGUGCGGCCGACGACGUAAGCGACAUGCGAGAGGGACCGUUCGCUCAAGAUCCGACUCAACAGCCAACUCUGAUCUGCUUAGUUCCACCCACGCGAGGAGGUCACACUCCGUUGCAACUAUUCUAAACCGCGGCCGCAGCAGCAGUAUGUCUCGUCCGCCAGUGGACGCGCGUCGCACACAGCUGUUAGUGCUGGUGACAACGCGCGACUGACAGCGCGCCGUGCUGGACGUGCCGGCGCGGGACGUCAUGCUCUAGCGGCCCCGAGGCGUGUGUCAUACACGCCAACCGCGAAUACAAUGCGAGUAGAUAAGUCUACGAAGAUUGUAUCAAGUGUUCUCUCUUCCUAUUUUAGUGUAUGUAAAUGUAAAAACCGACAUGAAAAAUUUCCUUUUUAUAAUGCUCCUGCUUCACUUGUGUAUUAACUGACAAGGCAUCAUGUGGAAAUGGGUUACGUGAGGAAAAUAAGGGUUAAUGCAGGUGACACAGGAGCAUCAGAGAAAAUCAAGCGUAAAACAUCUUCAACAUGUUAAAAUAAAUAGAAAAAAUUGUGGUUGUUAAAAGUCACAAAUAGUGCCACAAAUAGAGGAAGAGGACAUUAUAAUCGGAUAUGAUCUUCUGUAUUUCAAUGGCUGUUAGAGCAUUUCAAAGAACAUGGACUAGUGUAGUUGCAUACGAGUGAAAAGACUAGAAGAAGUGUUGUGCUUAAUUCUAGAGGUUAUUUUGAAAAGAUUCCAUCUUGAUAAGAGGAAAGAGAAUGUAUAUUGAGGCUAACUUGUGCCAUUGCCUGUAGGAACUAAGCAUUGACCCUACAAGAGUUUUAUGAACAAAUUUUUUUGACCAUGCCUUUUCUAAUAAUUAUGUGGUACCAGGUAAAAUCUAGUCAAACAUCGCUUAGUUUUUAUGAAUAGUUCUUACUUGCUUAUUGUAGAGGCAGCAGCAUUUAUUUACUCAUUUAUUGAUUAUUUAUAUACUUAAGGGUUUAUUCAAAACAGUCCUUAUUUUUGCCAAAAACACAAUUUUUCACUUUUUAUAGAUCUCUCGUCUAAAAAGAUUUUUUUGGAGAUAGAAAAACAUUGAAUUUGCUUGUCAGAAAAUAAGUAGGUAUCUAGUGAUUUUAUUACUUUUUUAAGCAUAAUGUUUAUUGUGGAAUGUAUAUUGGGAAGAGGAAUUUACUGAGAAAAAAUGCCAAAUUUGAAUCGGAUAGACGUAAGAUAAAUUAAAGUAAAUAUUAUUUCAAGAGUGAAAUGUAAGUAUAAGGAACUGAAAUUUUAUUAAAUUAUGAUUAAAAUUAUGUAAGAUAAAAUAAAAUUCAUAUUAUUAUAUAAACCUUAAUUUAAUUAGUACCCGUUUAAAAUAAGUAUUAUCGAGAUUUGUAAAAUAUAUUAUACAUAGUUAAAUUAUAAUCAUGUAAAUUGUAAAGAGGCUUUUAUCAAAAUGCGUAGUUAAAAUGUACAAUAUUUUUGUACUGUGAAUAAUAAUUGUAAAAAUGUCUAAAGUAUAUUAUUAGAAGCUAUUAAAUGUCGUAUCAGUGA